AUAGUACGGACCUGGAUUACGUCGAAAUCGAAUCGAUCGCUCGAACGGAAGACAAAUCAACGAAAUCAACCGAACGGGUCAAAUCGAGUCAAAAUACGAAAUCGACCAAUCAAUCCGGCGUGGGGGUUAAUCUGUCAGCGAUAUCAACUUGGGGCAGCGGCCGGAUGCGGCGACGAAUGAGUUAAGAAUCAACCCAUGGUCAGUACGUUCCGGAACCGGAGCACGUGAGCGUGCACAUGGUGAACACCGAGGGUUCGAGUUUCACGCCUCCGGGUGACGGAGGGCAACGACAGAAUCCACCUGAGCCAGCGGGACAGCCACCAGCUGUACCACCGCCAGUCGUACCACCUCCAGUGAUGCCACCGUUGGCGAUACCGCCGGUGGCCUACGAGCAGAUGUUCCCGGCCAUGAUGGCCCAUUAUAUGCAACACAUGGCGCAGUUUAUGCCCAUGUUCCAGCCACCGCCACCACCACAGCCGCAGCCGCGCAUCGUUACCUUCAAGAUGUUGAAGGAUAAUGGAGCGGAAGAGUUCCGAGGAGACAAUAUGGGGGAGCCCCAGAUUGCUUUGGAUUGGCUUGAGCAGAUGGACCGGGUACUCAAGAAUUUGAGAGUCCCAGAUGCUGAUCGCUCGGAGUUGGCGUCACAGAUGUUCCGGAAGGGAGCAUAUGAUUGGCGCGAUGAGUUCGUUGCGCUUAAGCAGGAGGGGAUGUCACUGCCUGAACUGAGACAGAGGUUCGACUACUUGUCCCAGUACGCGACGAGUCUGGUCUCCACUCCGGAGGAUCGUUUGAAUGAGUUCGUCAAGAAGCUACGGCCGGACUUAAGGCCGUACGCCGCACUGAUCACGACGACAGAUUUUAAUGCGGCGUAUGAUUUGAUUGUGAAGACGGAAAAGAGCUUGGACGAUCUGCGGGCAACCAAGAAAGAUGAUCGAGCGACGAAAGACCCGCGACCCGCGGCCAGCACCGGGCCGAGCGGGAAGAGUUUUGGAUUCGGGGGAAAGAGGUACGAGAAGGGUUCUUCGAGUGCGCCACCGCCUAAGAGGAGUAAGUCGAGGUCGUCUCCGUCGGCCGCCGCUAGCAACUCGAACAGAACGAGGAGCCACCCGCAAUGUGUACAUUGUGGUAGGCAUCACCCGGGCGAGUGUUGGCUCACCCAAGGCUUAUGUUUGGGUUGUGGUCAGCCAGGGCAUUUCAGGAGGCAUUGCCCGACAAACCCUAGCAGCGAGCCUAUUUUACCUAGAGCUCUGGAUCAGCCUGCCGCAUCACAUCCAGCACGGAGUCAGCAGUCUACGGCCGCAAAUAAUCAGCAGAGACCACGUCCGCAGCAGUCAGGCCGGGCACCAGCGCGUACCUACGCCAUGCAUGGGCGCACAGAUCCUAGCCCCGAUGUUAUCUUGAGUACGUUCGUACUAUUUGAUUCGGUUAUGCAUGCCUUGAUCGAUCCAGGUUCUACGCUCUCCUAUAUCUGUGUUGGCAUGCCUGCUAAUUCUGCGAUUGUGAGGAGUGACCUUGAGAUACCUACCGUUGUAUCAAAUCCGCUAGGACAUAGCAUGCGUCUUCAUCACAUCUAUCAUAGGUGUCCGUUGUCCGUGCAAGGGAAGCAAUUCCCUGCAGAUUUGAUAGAGCUACCACACAAGGAGUUUGACAUUAUCCUUAGUAUGGAUUGGCUCACCGAGCAUAGAGCAGUGGUCGACUGCAGUUGUCGGACCGUACGGCUGAGAGCCGAGGACGGUAGCGACGUAUCACUCUCCGGGGAGGUGUUCCCCAAGGCUCCCGAGUUCAUAUCGUCUUUGAGCGCGAGGCGCUUGAUUCGCAAGAAGUGCGAGAUGUUCCUGUGUCACGUUCAGGAUAUGCGAAAAGAAUCACCACGUCAGCAGGACAUUCGUGCGGUUUGCGACUUCCCCGAAGACCUACCUGGUUUGCCUCCGCCGAGAGAGAUAGAUGAAGACCAUGAUGGAUUACAUGACAAGUUGGGACUUUAGUGUAUUUCUCUGUAAUUCAAAAGAUUCAAGCUAAGUAUGACCAAUACUCAAUACAUGGAAUGUUGUUUUAGUGGUCAAGAGACAAAAUUACGAAUGAAAGUUAAGAUCGAUACUUAUCCAGAAGGAAAACAUAUUUUGAUAUAUUUUCCCGAUCACUUAGGUGAAUGAAGAGUUGGACAUGGA